CACACCGCUCCGGGAUAGAAUGCAAAGUUCUCCUCUCUUGUUUACUUUUUUCUCGUGUUAAGAGCUCACAGACUGGGAAACUAAUUUGGCUGUCUCCUUUUCUCUUAGAUUUUUUAAUUCCCUUCUUAUCUAUCUUUAAGAGUAUAUUGUGGUUACUCAAGGUUAAGAGCCUCUGCACAGUUCUUCUAGAAGUUCAGGAGAGUGUCUAAAAGAAGCAAGAGCUUGUCCACAAUCAAAGGAGCCUUACAGCAAAACACGCAAUUCAUCACCAUCAAAGUUCCUGAAGCAACGAACGCAACCCAACACCAUCAAAGAUCUGAAGCAAAGAACGCAGCCCAACGCCAUCAAAGGUGCUGCAUCAGAGAGCACAUCCCAACGGCAUCCAAGGUCCUGAAGAAAAGAAUGCCACCCUUUGCCAUCAAAUGUUCUGAAGCAAAGAACGCCACCCAAUGGUAUCAAAGAUCCUGAAGCAAAGAACGCAAGCCAACACUAUCAACGGUCCUGCAGCAAAGAUCGCAACCCAUUUUAAGGUCCUGCAUCAGAGAACGCACCUAACACCAUCCAAAGUCCUGAAGCAAAAAAUACACCCAACACCAUCCAAGGUCCUGAAGCAAAGAGCAGCACCCAACGCCAUCAAAGAUCCUGAAGGAAAGAACACCACCUGGUGGCAUCAAAGAUCCUGCAGCAAAGAACGCAACCCAACACCUUCAAAGGUCCUGCAGUAAAGAUCGCAACCCAAUCAAAGGUCUGGCAGCAAAAAACAACCAACAGCAUCAAAGGUCCUCCAGCAAAGAAGGCAACCCAACGCAAUCAAAAGUGCAGCAGCAAAGAACGCAACCCUACGGAAUUAAAGGUCCUGCAGCAAAGAACAUACCCCAACAGCAUCAAAGGUCCUGCAGCACAGAACGCAAACCAAUGCCAUCAAAGGUCAUGAAGCAAAGAACUCAAACCAAUUAAAAGUCCUUGCAACAGAGAACGCAACCCAAAACAAAGUGAAAGAAGCCACAUCUACAUCUAGCCAUGUGUUCAUCUACUGAAUGAGUGUGAACUGGUGAGUUGGCACAAUCCGUUGACCGCAGGUGGCCUUUCCAGAAACGUGAACUUUGCUCUUGCUGCAAUGAGGCUUGCUAGAAGCGGCUGGCACUUGGCACUGCUAUUGGCGACGACUGGCCUGGUUAGUUGCGGAAAUGGUAACAGUCAGAGACGCGGGGGAGGCGAGAGGCGGAGGAAGCUUCACCGAAUGCAGCACGGGCAGUGCAGCUAUACCUUCAUCUUGCCAGAGGUAGAAAGCUGUCAGGGUGGAGCGGACCAGAUUAGUGGGACUAACGUUGUGCAGCGGGACGCAUCGCCGGGGGACAGUGAGUGGUCCUCUCAAAAGCUGCAAAAUCUGGAGAUGGCCAUGGAGAACAACACGCAGUGGAUACAAAAGUUAGAAAAAUAUAUUCAGCAGAAUGUAAAGACAGGGAUGGUGCAUAUCCAAGCUGAUGCAGUCCAUAACCAGACAGCCACAAUGCUGGAGAUCGGCACCAACCUGCUCACACAGACUGCAGAGCAAACCAGGAAACUCAAUGUAGUUGAAGCCAAGGUUAUAAACCAGACAUCAAGAAUUGCAAUCCAGUUAUUGGAGAGUUCAUUAUCAACAAACAAACUGGAGAAGGAGCUCUUGACACAGAUUACUGAAAUUUCAAAACUUCGAGAGAAGAACAGUCAUUUAGAGAGUAAAGUCUUAGUAUUGGAGUCACAGCAGAGGAUGGAGCUGGAGGACAUGAGGGAAGAGAAACAGAGACUGCAGGACCUGGUGAAGAGACAGACAGCUGAUAUAACAUCUCUGGAGAGACAGCUGAGAGCAGCCAGCAGUAAUAACUCAGUCCUGCAGAGACAACAUCAACAGCUCAUGAAGUCUGUCCACACACUCAUUGGCCUGGUGUCUGCUGGGACAGGGUUCUUGCCAAAUGAGCAGCGGUUCCGAGACUGUGCAGAGGCCUAUAAAUCCGGUCACAACACCAGUGGAAUCUAUCACAUUUACAUUGGAGACAUGAUGGAGCCAACCAAGGUCUUCUGUGAUAUGGAGACAAGUGGAGGCGGCUGGACGUUAUUCCAACGUAGAGUCAAUGGCAGCAUGAACUUUCAGAGAGGCUGGAAAGACUAUAAACUGGGGUUUGGUGAUCCGAGUGGAGAGCAUUGGUUGGGUAAUGAGGCUGUUCACCUGAUCACCAGUCAAGCCCAGUACUCCCUCCGAGUGGAACUAAAGGACUGGGAAGAUAACGGCGUUUAUGCACUGUAUGACAAAUUCCAGCUGGCCAGUGAAAAACAGCAGUACAGACUCUCAUCAGGGGGCUAUAGUGGAACAGCAGGACAGCUAAGUAGCUUAGCAUCAAACGGCACUGGCUUCAGCACUCGCGAUGCUGACAACGAUAAGUGUGUUUGCAAGUGUGCCCUCAUGAUGACCGGAGGCUGGUGGUUCGAUGCAUGCGGCCUUUCCAACCUCAAUGGAAUCUACUACACAGUUGGUCACAACAUCCGCAAACUCAACGGUAUAAAGUGGCAUCACUUCCGAGGACCCAGCUAUUCACUCCAGUCCACUUCCAUGAUGAUCCGACCAGCGGAUUUCUGACAUGGAGAAAUCACAUUGAAUGUUGUCACAUUGAAACUCAUCACACUGAAUAACAGGACUUCAAAUCGGGUUGCUUUAGGAAACCCUGGUGGAGGCAGAUAGAGUGUACAUUUUGAUAAACCAUCUGUCAUUUGAUGGAUAAAUGGUGAUGUUUUACUGCAAAUCAGAGAGUUCAAGAGGACAAAAGAGAGCAGACUAAAAACUUGACAUCUUUGUACGUUGCAAUUUCUCUUUCACAUGCACAAACACUUACACGCUUCCCAGCUACUUUUUUUGUCUGGAUUAAUCCAGGCAACACACAACCUAAAUCAAUGUUAACAAUGGUCUUGGGGGGCCUGGGUAGCUGAGCAAGUAAAGACGCUGACUACCACAUCUGGAGUCGCAAGUUCAAAUUCUGGGCGUGCUGAGUGACUCCAGUCAGGCUUCUUAAGCAACCAAUUGGCCCGGUUGCUAGGGUGGGUAGAGUUACGUUGGGUUAACCUCCUCGUGGUCGCUAUAAUGUGGUUCUCGCUCUCAGUGGGGAACGUGGUGAGUUGUGCGUGGAUGCCGUGGAGAAUAGCGUGAGCCUCCACACACGCUAGGUCUCCGCGGUAACACGCUCAACAAGCCACAUGAUAAAAUGCGUGGAUUGACUGUCUCAGACAUGGAGGCAACUGAGAUUUGUCCUCCACCACCCAGAUUGAGGCGAGUCACUAUGCCACCACGAGGACUUAGAGCACAUUGGGUAUGUCAAAUUGGGGAGAAAAGGGGAGAAAAUCUAAAAAGAAAAAACAAACAAGAAAAUGGCGAUUUCAUUGGAUAACUUCCACUUGCUGGCAAGAGUCCACUGUUGUGACAUGAAGUAAUUCCCAUGCCCAGGAGAACUUUUCGAACUAAAGGAGGACUGAAGGAACGAGAAACCCAACCUGGGAAUUUCUAAACUUUUUUGGAUGGUUACAUGCCAAGAAUUUAGGCAAAGAUGCCCAGAUGAAGACCAUGUGCACCUUCAUAUUUUUAGGUUGUACAAAAUUUUCUGAACAUAUGAUUGGAUGAUUGAUAGAUAGAUAGAUAGACAGACAGACAGACAGAUAGAUAGAUAGAUGAUAGAUAGAUAGAUAGAUAUUCAUUCAUUCAUUCAUUUAAAUUGAUAUUGCCUAGUUUUGUUUGUAUUUUCAAUAACUGGAUAUUUUUAUAUUGUGCAUAUCUUUCAAUUGUUUGUCCAUCUUAGGCCUGAAACAUACUCUAUAUAUGUACAAAAAUGCAUUCUUGUCUGUGCUGGCCUUACAUGUGUGAUUUGUAUUCGUAUUGUGUGUUUGUGUGUGUGAGAGAGAAAGAUAUUGUAUUUUGUUUACUGAUGUCUUUAAAUUCUUUACAUUUGGUAUGUGACCUGUUGUUCCCAUUUCAAAAAUGUCAUACAUUUUAAAACGAUACACAUUGACUGUUUCUAACAUUGUAUAUAUGAAUGAUGCUAUUAGUUGCUACUAUGGUAUAUACCUUAUUACUUUUAGAGCAUGAACCUUUCAACACAUAUUAGCUACUUUAUGACCAUAAAUCUUUUAUUGCAUUUCAUUACUUUUUGAUAAUAAACCCUGCAACAAAGAUCAGCUUUACAGUCAAACUGGAUAAUAGCUUUCAACUCCUCCCAAGUUUAUUUUACUAUCCUGAACAAAAGUUGAAGACGCCAAAGGCCUCUCUGUCUCUUUGUGGUCCGAGCUUCCGAGUUCAUAUGUUUUUUGUGAUUUUUUAUUGAACUAAAUUCCGUUUUACUGCCAAGAACAGCAAAAACAAGAGCAUAUGAAACACAUUCCCUCUUCAUCAUGCUUUAUUCUCACUGCAAAUUGCCAAUUUUUCAUUAAGAUAUGCAUUUUGUUUUGUUUUAAGAGGUCUACAUGAGCAAUAAA